AUGGACGGUCUUGUUGUGAACACAAAGGAAAGAAAUAAAAUCACACGUAAACAGUCGCGUGUAGAGCGCGCGGUUGUCCACUGGAGCGGAUCGCGGCGGGUAGAAAUCGGCCAAUGUGGACGCGCCAUUUUCUCUAGAACGUUCUCGCUUCAGCGGCUCGCGUGGCCUUUUGCUCCGCGGCGGGAUUUCCCGCACGGUGGGGCACCGUCACAGUUGGCGAUGGUUUUCUCCCGAGCGGUCGUCCGCUACGACCCGGCCCCGCCCACCGUACGCCAUGUUUACGGUUGCACGUCGGUGAGGUUUUUCGGAAUGGUCCGAUCGCACCGCGCACUGGAUACGAAACAAAAU